ACAUUCUCGACAGCGAGCGCAUCACACAUUUCCAUGUCCAGCAUGGCUUCUGCUCACCGUGCACAGUGUGCUUUGUACGUGUAUGUGACGUCGUAGGCUCGAUGUCAUCCACUGGACGCGCUUGGAUGGUCAGCAAGUCACGAGAAGCCGAACAUCCAGGCGCAUGGGCUAUGGUGAAACGCUGCUUGAAAAACUGUCGAUGGAUGUACCAGUGCCAGGCCACCCCCACGAAGCCGUGAAUGCCGAAGUACAGGGAUGUCUGAGUACCCGGCAUGCAUCGAUUCCUUGCUGUCACUGAUUAUAUGAUUCCUCAUCUGUUAUAGUGCGAGCUGGUUCGCUAGAAUGCGGCAUAGUCAUCUAACCCACCUAGGCCCGACAUGCCUUCCCUCUCCGUGUCUGAGUCCGAACUUCUCGCGCUGUUCACUGAGAGUAUUGCCUAUGGUAUCCAUCUCGUGACGUUUCUUGGGUGUAUUUCCACUUGCUUUCUCCGUUCCAGACGUUCUGUUUCGAAGGCUACGUAUUGGCCUUGGGUAUUUGUGGCUAUCUCUCUCUUCAUUCUGGGUAGCGUUCACGUCUCUUUGCUGUGUUUCCAUAACGUCCUGGCCUUCAUCUUCCAACAUGGACCGGAUGGGGCCGAUGCAGAGUUCGAAAGGUUGUCAAGCUGGGUGUACGGGCUACAAUACUCGUGCUUUUAUCUCAUCAUAGCGUUCUCCGACGCAGCGCUGAUAUACCGCUGUUGGCUAAUAUACAAAUUCUCCCAGUGGAGAAUCAUCGUUAUCUCAGUGCCGAUAGGCACUUGGUUCGCCUCGACAACUUGCGCCGCUAUGAUUAUUUUCGAAUUAUUGACUCGCCAAGAAUCAACAACUUUGCCACGGAUGAUAUAUAGCAGGCCCUUUAUGACCGGCCUCCUCGCCAUACAGCUUGUGCAAAACGUUAUGACUACAGGACUUACCGUGUGGCGUUUAUGGGACAUACACAGGCAAACGGCACCGUUUCUUGCCCCGACUCAAGGGGCCUCUGGUGGCAUCGGCUUCAAUGUCGUAGUCGUGGUUCUUAUUGAAUCUGCGCUCAUCUACACGCUCACAAUCAUCGUGAUGUCUGUCACGUACGUCCUGCAGUCCAAUGUCUACUCCUGUGCGGCCGACGUGAGCAUGCAAGUAGCAGGGAUAUGCUUCGAUCUCGUACUCACGCGGAUAUGGAACGGGGUCGCGACUGAGCAAAUACAGUCAACCGCGCGGACAACCCAUUCAAUGCACAUUCAGUACCGAAACAACCGACAGCCACUGCGGCGUAGCAUGCCGCCUUCCUUACUCGCAAGCAGUCCUGAUCCGGAGCCCAUGACUGCCACGAGCCGGGAGCCCAUGCUACCAUGGUCUGGCGGCGGCGCAGUCGACUCGCCCGGGAGGCUUGGGAUAGGAGCAACGAGAAACCGUUGCGUGUCGAUGCCGAACAUACUCACGUCCUCAGACAAGACAUAGCCCCGGGCAUGAAUAGGUCCCCUUCUGCGGGCAGUUUCCAUGAUUUAUUUCCGUACUUACAAUGCUGAAUGAAAGCACAUUUCGUGAAA